AUGUACACGUCAUCGCUAUUGCCGCUGCCUCUCGUGUAUGCCGCAUCGUUGUCACUGUACAUCCUGUCGUUGGUGGCACAUGGUGCCCGCAAGAGCCACCCAAUUGAAUUGACCAUAAGCAGCGGGAGCAUCCGUGGGGAGUUCCUGACCGUCGAUGCACAGUACUUCACCGUCUUCAAAGGAAUUCCUUACGCAGCACCGCCGGUUGGAGGCCAACGCUUUCAAGUAAGCCUCCGACCACAAUACCGUACUUGA